AUGAUUUGCAAAUAACUUAUAUUAUUAAUUAUAGUAUAUUUAAUUAAGUUUUUAUUAAAAUAUCUUUUUAUUAAUUGUUUAUNGAUUUCAAACAACAACAACAAAGAGGCUGCUUUGAAAGUUGAUAAUAACAAUGUUAUAGUUUAAUUUAAGAAUGAGGAAAACAAAUAAAGUCCUUAGAAAGGAAGGUUUUUAGUAAGAAAUUAAUAUAGCAGCAAACCAUAAUGUGAGAGUAAAAUUACUCAUUCAUCUGUUGCUCCCAACAAAUAUCAUAAAAAUUAAUUGUCUUUUGGGGAAGAUGGAAAAAAGAUUAAAGCAGAAGACAUCUGGAAAAGAAGAAAAGAUUAUGAUUAAAAAGUUAGAUAAUUUCAUUUACCAAAAAUUAAAGAAUAUAAUAGAUUUUAAAACAAUAGUUUAUAAAAACAACAAUCUGGAUAACACACUGCUGAAAUUCAAUUCUCUGACAUCUUCAAAGAGGAUUUUGAUGAUGAUUUAUUGUAGGAAUACAAUCAAAAGUAAUUUAAAAAGCUAUAAAUUAGAUAUUAUAAAAAAUAACUCUAUCUUUGGAAUAAAAAAUAGAGAUAAUUCGAUAUGGUUAAUGAUGAUUUAUUUGAUUGA